AUCGCAAAAAAGCUAAAACCCAGAGAGGGCGGCGGUCGUUAGGGUUUAAGAGGGUUUUGGUUCAAGUUAACACCAGCAGGCAGGCAGGCAGCCAUGUGGGCUCUUCGUCGUGUAUCUCUUCCUCUCAGGAAGCAAGGAUUCAGCGUUGGAACUUCCCGUGCUUGUUGUGCUAAUUUGGAGCUACCGAUUACUUACAUACAAGACAAGUCUUUCUUCCUUGAGUCUCCUCAGUUGGGAUCUGAUGGAUUUCUGCCUUCGAAGAGAUUAUACACAACAAAUGUUUUGUCAAAGUUUUCUGUAGAUAGAUGCAGCCUUUCUUCACAAGCUGGUACAGAAAGCAGUGGAGAGGAAGAUGACUUGGAAGAUGGGUUUUCCAAACUUGAAACGCCUCCUACUGCUGAGGUAGUUCAAGCGAGCAAUGCAAAUGAUGAAAAUGAAGAUGAAUUAGUAUCUGGACCAGAAAUCUCUGAUGAUGAAGCAGACAUUGAGCCUUCUCAAAAUGAGCUGGAGUUAUCAGAGAUUGAGACCGAUCUAAAUGAUAAACUGUCACCAAGGAGAAGGGAUGUUUCAGCACUUUUCAAAGCCAUCUUAGAAUUUCCGGGUUUUUCUGUUCAUAGUGCUCUGGAUAAGUGGGUUAAAGAAGGAAAUGAUUUAAGCAGGGCAGAGAUCUCAUUAACCAAGAUAAACUUGCGCAGGCGUCGAAUGUUUGGGAGGGCAUUGCAGCUCUCAGAGUGGUUGGAGGCACAUAAGCAGAUUGAAUUUUCUGAAAGAGAUUAUGCAUCUCGUCUAGACUUAAUUGCCAAAGUAUAUGGCCUCUGGAAGGCAGAGAAGUAUGUUGAGAUGAUCCCACAAUCCUUUAGAGGUGAAAAAAUCUACCGAACUCUGUUGGUUAACUGCGUUGGUGCCAACAAUUUGAAGAAAGCCGAGGAGAUUUUCAACAAAAUGAAGGAUCUAGAAUUCCCAUUUACCUCAUUUACUUGCAACCAGUUGCUCCUUCUUUACAAGAGGCUUGACAAGAAGAAAAUAGCAGAUGUCUUGCUUUUUAUGGAGAAAGAAAAUGUGAAGCCGACUGCCUUCACUUAUAAGCUAUUAAUAGCUACUAAAGGCGAAUCCAAUGACAUAGCUGGAAUGGAACAAGUUUACGGAACAAUGAAGAGUGAAGGCAUUGAACCAGACAUUACUGUUAAAGCUGUCAUGGCUAAGCAUUAUGCCUCUGGCGGACUGAAAGAAAAAGCUGAGGCUGUUUUGAAGGAGAUGGAAGGGGGUAACUUAAAGGAGAACCGCUGGGCUUGCCGAGCUUUGCUGCCCCUUUAUGCAGAGCUGGGUCAGGUUGAUGAAGUGGGGAGAGUUUGGAAUGUUUGCAUGCCAAAACCUUGGGUUGAAGAAUGCAUGGCUGCAAUCGAAGCUUGGGGAAAGUUAAAUAAAAUUGAAGAAGCUGAGGCAGUUUUUGAUAAGAUGUUGAAAACCUGGAAGAGGCUUUCUUCCAGGCAGUAUGCUGUUCUUUUGCAGGUUUAUACAAACCAUAAGAUGAUUGAGAAGGGCAAAGAUCUUGUUAAGCGUAUGGUAGAUAACAAUUGUGAGGUUGACCCAUUAAUUUGGGAUGCACUUGUAAAACUCUAUGUGGAAAUUGGAGAGGUUGAAAAGGCUGACUCAAUUUUGCGGAAGGCUGCUGAGAAGAACCAUAAGAAGCCAAUGUUCAGUUCUUAUAUGGCUCUUAUGGAUCAAUAUUCAAAGAGGGGUGAUAUUCAUAACUCAGAAAAGAUAUUUUAUAGGAUGAGACGGGACGGUUACACAGCUCGACUUCGUCAGUUCCAAUCACUUGUCCAGGCCUAUAUAAAUGCAAAGGCUCCAGCCUACGGACUCUGGGAGAGAAUGAAGUCAGAUAAUUUCUUCCCCAACAAAGCUCUGCUUGGGCAGCUCUCACAAGUCGAUCCAUUUAAGAAGACAGCAGUGUCUGAUCUGCUUGAUUGAGGAAGUGGAUGGUUCUUCUUUAGAUCGGGUAAUUGAAUCUUUUGAUCUAUGAGCCGCUUCUAUAAUGUUGUAGGUUCAGCAUAUUGGGAUUUUUAUGUUUUCCAACUAUCUAUUUCAAUUUCAGAAUUUACUUCUCCCACGGGGGAGUGUUUAUCUAAGGUAUGGCAAAAACUUGGGCAUUGUGGGAUACUGAUCUGGAUAUUCAUGGACCUUGUUCAGUAACUGUGUGUUCCUUCCCUACUAUUAGAAUAUCCCAUGUUAUUCUGUG